GUAACGUAAACAAUUUGCCAGUGAAGUUAGCAGCAACGAACUGAGCUAAAACAAAUUGCUUUUUUAAAACCGUUUUUUGACUAGCUGUUAUCCAGCCCUCGGGAUGUGAAGACCAUGGCAACAAUUAGUCGCAAAUCUUCGAAAGUUUCCGUAAGCGGAGCAUCAUGUGGACCAGAAGAAAGUCCGUCUUCAACUCCUGUUCGCUGAGCUGAAAAAUGGGCGCAAGCGCUUCACUCUGUAGCGACACAUCUUCAGUGAGAAUCCUGAGGCCCAAAGCUAAGGUCUGCCCAGAACUCACUGUUCCUGCACAUGUUCCAGUUCCCAAAGUACCACCAGGGUGUGUAUUCGGUGUUACGUUGGAAAAAUUAAAAGAUGAUGGGCAGAUGGUCUUUGGGAUACCUCUUGUCUUAAGAGACAUGGUGGAAUUCUUGGAUAAGAAUGGACUGCACCACAGGGGUCUGUUUCGUUUGUGUGGGUCUGUGGCACGAACCAGGCAGCUGAGGCAGCAAUGGGACCAGGGAGAGAGAGUGGAUCUGGAACAAGAGGGGGACAUCCCCACUGUAGCCUCUCUACUCAAGCUCUUCCUGCGGGAAUUGCCUACUCCUUUAGUUCCUGAGCCGCAACUCAAACAGCUCGUUCUGAGCCUAACUGGACAUGCACUGGAGCCAGAACUGAACCAAAGACUGAGAGAAAACCUUUGCCUCCUGCCUGAUUCCAACCUCCAUAUUCUGUCUUACCUCAUCCAGUUUCUGUCCAGAGUGGCCUCUCAGAGUCAGUCCAACCACAUGCCUGUGGAAAAUAUAGCUACUAUCUUUGGACCUUGUAUAUUUCGCGUUCCAACAGGGCCCAGGAUGCUGGAGGAGCAGAGUGUAUGUAACGUCCUACUGCUCCACCUUCUCAGAUAUCGGGCAGUUCUCCUUCCAGUCAUAGAAGAGGUCUUAAUGACUCCAUCUGCUGCUUCUUCCUCACCUCCUCCUCCUACUCUCUCUGCUCUUUCACAGUUUGAGGUCCAACCCAACAGCUAUGGGUCAGAGCGGAACAGCAUGGGAAGGUUGGAAGAAGAGAUCGCUUCAAUUUCUGGGAACUUCGCUUCUGAACUAACUCUGCAGAUGCAAUUACAUCUCUACAGUUGUGACACACUGGUGCAGGCUUGUGAAACCAGCUCUGACGUCAACACUGACAUUCAAGCGGUGACUGCAAACCAGGAGGUUCUGCAGGAAACAGGCAGCGUGCUCUCCAGCCACACUGACCUGGUGCCGGAGCAACAGUCACAGAAUGAACAGUUUCAAAGCAUGCAGGGGGAACCUUUUGAAACAGAGCCUACCAUGCACUGGGUAUCUUUGCAGAGACCCCAACCCAACACUGGAUCAAUGCUGAAACAGUGGGAAGAAGUAGAGAAGGAGUCUUCAUCUGUUAAAGACAACUCUUCUUCGGUUUCCGCCAGCACAGGACAGAUUUCACCUAAUCCAGAUUGCUGCAUAUCGAAUGAGUCACCAGGCCACAUCCACACACAGAGUCAGCUCACAGAGAGCCUACUGUGCUGCAUAAAGUACAAGACCAAAGAUGAAGUGACGGUGUCCCAGUGGAAGAGGAGCAAAGGAGGAGGAGAAAGAUGCCGUGAUUCCUCUGACACACAUAAUGAUUGCAGAGGCACAAACAGCAGCUAUGACAGUCCUUCCCUCAAGCUCCAAGCCCUGGAGGCUGAAUCAAGACACUCAUCAGACUCAUUAGACCCCCGAGCUCAGGAUGACACACCUGCUCGGCAGCAGCCUUCUCCCUCUGAGGGACAUCAUUUGAUCCAAACACUGGCUUUGUCAUCAUCUCAGCAUCAGCACACAGUUGACUCAUCACAAGCAGAGUCCAGCGCCGUUCUGUCCACUGCCUCAAGUUCAGAAGGACUUUCGGGAGAAGACAGCUUGCCAAGCCUACCGCUCCCUUACUCCAGCCUGCUGUUGUCUCGUUUCACCCCUGGUGAUUGUCCUGUUCCCUCGCCGCGCUGUCCAAGCCUCAGUCACAGCCUACGCUACAACCUCGACCCUGAUACAGCCCCGUCACCGCCCUGCUCGCAGCACAUACGCAUGGCUCGCUGUAGUGUUCCUCCAGGUCAAAUAGAAAGUUCUGUGUCCGUCUCAACGCUCAACAGACACAUUCACACUCUCAGGAAGAAGAUCAGGCGAUUUGAGGAACAUUUUGAACAAGACAGACACUACAAGCCUGCCCACAAUGACAAGGCUUCUCAUCCAGAAGUGGCCAAACUGAUGAAGGAGCUCAUCAGGAGCCGCAAGCAGCUGAAAGAAAUGAAUCUGAAACAGUCAGAAGAGUCGGGAAUGAAGGAACUCAGAGGUUUCAGUCCCACGGGUGAAAACUGGAGGACUGAUAUAGACCUGUGCGAGUCAGGGCCAACAGGAACUGAGCUUCAGCCAAUCAACAAUAACAGCAACAACAAACCAAAUGUGGAGGAAACGGUCAACCUGAUAACCAACCGACUGAGGGAACGGAGGAGUGAGCUGGGUUUGCCUGACAACAUUAAGGAGAUGUCCCAUUUCCAGUUGAGCAUGGAGAAAACCUGCAUGCAGAAGUGUUUGCUGUACUUUGAGGGUCUGCAUGGACGCCCAACCACCAGGCAGGAACGGACUCCGAUGAAACCAUUCUAUGAGCGGUACCGCCUGCUCAAGCAGCUGCUUUCUUCUGCUUCCACAGCAGCCAUUACAACCAUUGAGGAAGAGGAGGGUUCUGAUGAAGAGCACUUUAAACAGCAUAGUCCCAGACAGCAGCCACUUCAAUUAAAAACACCCAGGUGGAUGUCUUCAGAAGAGUCCCAGUUUCCAUCCUCUGUGGAAAAGCCAGAAACGCCUCUGGUGUCGCCGCUGGAUGAGGGGAAGACUUUCCAGACACAAAUCAUCACAAUGACAACACUACAUGAAGCAUCCAGACAAGAAUUACUGGAUCAUCUCCGGAUGGUUCGAUUAGAGAAACGAAGACUUCACCAAACCCUCCAGGAGUUUGAAGACCGUUUUUACGCACAGACUGGCAGGGCCUGUCAGAAAGAGGACCGUGGACCAAUGGCGGAGGAGUACUGCCAGUACAAGAACCUCAAGGCGAAGCUCCGUCUACUGGAGGCUCUGCUCAGUAAACAAGACUCAACUAAAGCAAGUUGAGUCAUCACAGUGGGACUUUUUUUGUUUUAUUUAACAAUACAACUCGAUCGUUUUUUUGGAAAUAAAAAAAAAGUUUGAUGCUGA